UUUUAAUGAUAUAAAACGUCUGCCCCCAAAUUAUUGAUUGAUAAUAGUUGUUUUGGGAUUCUACGUUUUCCCCCAUUUUAUAUUAUCUGAUUCUGAGCUUUUAAGUUCGCUGUUUUUGGCGUAAUCGCAGCACAGGGAACUGGGAAGCCACUGUUUCUUUCUUUUUCCUACUUUUUUUGGUUUUUCGAGAUUUUGGGAUGCUGAGGAAGAAGACCCAUCACUGUUUUUGAAGCUUCUUUUUUUUUAUUUUUUUUAUUUUGCUGAGAAGAUCAGAAUCUAUGGAUUUUCAGAGGCAUUUUCUUGGUGGGUUGGCCAUUUUCGCUCUGCUCUUACUGCUGAUUUGUUAUCCCUGCCACGUGACGGCUGGGGAUAUUGUUCAUCAUGACGAUUUAACUCCCAAAAAGCCUGGCUGUGAGAAUGACUUCAUUCAGGUUAAAGUUCAAACUUGGGUUGAUGGCAUAGAAGCUAGUGAAUUUGUCGGUGUUGGUGCUAGAUUUGGCGCUACCAUUGUGUCGAAGGAGAAAAAUGCGAAUCAAACACGCCUUGUUCUUGCAAAUCCCCGUGAUUGUUGCAGCAAGCCAAAGAACAAGCUUUCUGGAGAUAUAAUCAUGGUCGAUAGAGGUCACUGCAAAUUUACGACAAAAGCAAAUAUUGCAGAAGCUGCAGGUGCUUCAGCUAUACUCAUAGUAAAUAACCAGAAAGAGCUCUACAAGAUGGUCUGUGAUCCCGAUGAGACUGAUCUAGAUAUACAUAUACCUGCUGUCAUGCUCCCACAAGAUGCUGGUACAAGCUUGGAGAAGAUGCUUACAAGUAAUUCAUCAGUGUCUGUUCAGCUCUACUCUCCACUACGACCACCAGUCGACAUAGCGGAGGUAUUCUUAUGGUUGAUGGCUGUCGGUACGAUCUUGUGCUCAUCUUUUUGGUCGGCCUGGAGUGCUAGGGAAGCAGCUAUUGAGCAGGACAAGCUGCUAAAGGAUGGUGCAGAUGAUAUUCAAAAUGGUGAAGACAUGGGCAGCCCUGGUUUUGUAUAUAUAAACAUGGCAUCAGCGGUCCUGUUUGUCGUCGUUGCUUCGUGCUUUUUGAUUUUGCUUUACAAACUCAUGUCAUACUGGUUCAUCGAGCUUUUGGUAGUCCUUUUCUGCAUAGGAGGUGCAGAGGGCUUGCAAACUUGUUUGGUCGCACUAUUGUCAAGAUGCUUUAAGCAUAUUGGAGAAUCAUACAUCAAAUUGCCUUUCUUUGGAGCUGUGUCAUACCUCACUAUGGCUGUUUCUCCCUUCUGCAUAGCAUUUGCUGUUGUUUGGGCAGUUUAUCGAGAUGUGUCGUUUGCUUGGAUCGGUCAAGACAUACUUGGAAUUGCACUGAUAAUUACGGUUCUUCAAAUAGUCCGUAUACCAAAUCUCAAGGUUGGAACAGUGCUUCUCAGUUGUGCCUUCCUCUAUGAUAUCUUUUGGGUGUUUGUUUCUAAGAAGUUGUUCAAUGAAAGUGUGAUGAUCGUGGUGGCUCGUGGUGAUAAAAGCGGAGAGGAUGGCAUCCCGAUGCUGCUAAAGAUCCCACGCAUGUUCGAUCCAUGGGGUGGUUAUAGCAUUAUUGGGUUCGGUGACAUCCUUUUACCGGGACUCGUAGUAGCGUUUUCGCUCAGGUAUGAUUGGUUGGCGAAUAAGAGCUUCCGGGUCGGAUACUUCUUACCAGCAAUGCUUGCUUAUGGAUCAGGUCUUCUAAUUACCUAUGUGGCUUUGAACCUGAUGGACGGCCAUGGCCAGCCCGCACUACUUUACAUCGUCCCGUUCACUCUCGGAACCCUUUUGACAUUGGGGAAGAAGAGAGGAGAUUUGGGGAUUCUUUGGACAAAAGGAGAACCAGAAAGGGCCUGCCCUCAUGCCCAUCUUCUCAUCAAUGAUGGUUAAAAAGAAGAAAAAUGAGGCACUCCCCAUGUAUUAUGUUGUAGUGUUUAUAGCAUUAUAUAUAUAUAGUGAUUAAGGAAGCCAGCCUGUCUAGAGCAAGCAAGAGCUGGUGGUGAAAGGUCAGUUGCCUUAAUUCAAAUAGGGUUUUAUAGUUAGUUAUUCAUAAGAAUACGUUAAUGUUGUAAACAAUGAAGAUUAUGAGUCUUUUUUAGAUUACUUGUGGCUAAAUCUCCAUGACUUGCUAUGAUGCCAACUUGGCUUUAAACUUUGAUAUAUUCUUUAAUUGGAUGAUUUGACAGUAUUGUAUA